AUGUCUACAGAUCCUUCUGUUCGCAGGCUGCUGCCGCAGAGCUCGCAUGUAGGGCAGUUCUCGUUCGCGCCGCCAGCAUACCAACAGACCCGGGAAACCCAGAAAAACUACGUGUUCGUGGAUGAGCAUAAUCGCCACAAGCGGCUGAAAGUGAUGAGAGCUUGUGAAGGUUGCCGGAGAAGGAAAAUUAAAUGUGACGCUGCAACGACAAAUACAUGGCCAUGCUCGGCCUGCAUACGGCUGAAGCUUCACUGCGUUCGACCUAAUGGACAGUACGAUGGAUCCCCGACAGAAACGCAAUAUGAACGGUCCGACUACGACGGUACGCAGAUGCAGGACAGCUUCAGGCAGAUGCCCAUGCAACAGCAGUCCAUGAUGGGAGGCCAUUCCAAGCCGGGCAUGUAUGGUGCGCCAGGGCCAUAUCCAGACAACCAGGACGUCUAUCAGACAGUCCAGUAUCCAGGCGGUUCUGGAGGUCAACACAAUAUGCAUUACACGACGAUUCCUCCCCCCGUGGGCAUGAUGGACCAGUCAUACGCACCCGCAAACGUCUUUCCGACCCCUCCGAUGCACCAACAGACGGCUCAUUCCGAGUCCUCGCCCGAGUCAUACCAUCAGGACCAGUACGGGCAACAUGACGUCGCCGACCUUCUGGGAACGCUCAAGAUCGAUGAAAGAGGAACUGCACCAUACUUGAACAAGAAACAGUCGCUGCGAAACCUGCAGGAAGAAGAGCCGGUCCUCGAAGAAGUUGACGAUUUCAAGAUGCCACUGCCGCCGAUCACCACGGGACCCGGCCUGAAAAUCCGCAUUCCACCAGAGUUGAUGCCGGACGAGGAGACGAUCCUGCACUAUUUUGACUUGUAUUUUGUAAACGUACAUCCUUACGUUCCCGUGCUGAACAAAGCCCAUUUUUACCAACAAUGGAACUCGAAUCGAGAGUCCAUCUCCCCUCUGGUUUUGGAAGCAAUCUUUGCGGUAGCUGGGCGCUUGGCAGACGAACCCGCCCAGGGCCAACAAUGGAUUACUCUAGCCUCUAAACACGCCGAUUCAUUCAUGGAUGUGCCGAGGCUGAGUACCUUGCAAGCCCUCUUGAUCAUCCUCAAAGCUCGCGAGGCAUCUCCCAAACGUGGCUACUAUUACCGCUCUUGGAUGUCCAUAGUCAACUGCGUCGCAAUGGCCAAGGAUCUUGGUCUUGACGAGCACUUCGAAGAUCACAAAGCUGGCAAGCCUUGUGGGUCCAAUCCCCUCGAGUGCUGUAUGAAGACUCGAAUCUGGCAGACGAUUUUUGUCUGCGAGGUCAUGAUUGGCAGUCCUCAAGGUCGCGAUGAUCUCUCGGUUGAUUUGAAUUCCUUGGACUUCAGCGUUCCAAGACCCAUGCCCGGUGGCGACGAAGCCGAAUAUCACGUUGGUCGAAAUUUCACCUACUUGGCUCGAAUUGUGCACAACAUCAGCCGAAUGAACUCUGUCUACAGCAGGAUAAAGAGAAGGAAGGACUGGGGUAUUGACCCGGAAUUCGUCCAACUAAACCCAUCCCUCAACGCGUGGCUGAGCGACCUCCCCGCCGAUCUAUCCAUCACGUUCCCUCCGGACAACUCGCCUCCUUGGUUGCCAUCGCACUAUAUUGGCAAUCUGCACUCUUACUACUACCUGGCUCUGAUUCUACUUCAUCGACCUCAACUCACUUUCCUCGAGCCGACGAGCCCGGAUGGGCAGUGGAAGUCACACAUGAUUCUGUGUUAUAAUUCAGCCAAAUUGCUGUGUCGCACGCAAGAAUCCAUGUUGCAAUCCUAUGGUCUGAGUGGUCUUCAAUGCAUGCAAAGAGGCAUCAGCUUCACCAUCUACGCCAUCCUCUCGUGCAUCGUCCUCCACCUUGUGGCCUUGACGUCUCCGGACCCCGAUCUGAACACCGACGCCCGGGACUACUUUACACGGCACAUGCGGAUUCUCGAGAAGACGAUGGGGUCCUGGCCCAUACCCGAGAUGGUCAAGCAAAUUGAUGCGGUUCGAGAAGCGUUCUCUGCUGACACCCGGAAACCCUUUGUGCUAAAGCCUAGUUUUCCCUACGGGAGCCCGUCCCCUACGACCCAAUCUAGUCCGCCUCGUGCCACUACUUUCAGGCCGCCAAUGCUCAGGACCGGCUCGAUGGACCAGGGCUUAGAUCAAAACUCGCAAGUCAGUUAUACCAGCCAUCCAAUCACGCCACCAAUUUCCGCAGGUGCUGGGGACAACAAAAGUGACUCUCCUGCUGUACAGUCACUCGUCAUGAUGGCUUCGGGCCAGAAUUCGCAAGCUCCUCCAAUGCCGCACGGAAUGUCCAUGGCGGAUCCGCCAAGUUGGAAUCCUUCGCGCAUCUUUGAUCAGUGGAACACGACCUUCGGUACGCCACCAGCCCAACCCCAGCCAAGUUCCGUUGCCCCUCAGUCCAGUUCUCUAAGUAUCCCCGCUUCUUCAGGUGCCCCAGAAGUCCCAUCGAUCCAGGACAUUCAGAGCGCACACGCCAGUCUCCCAGGCGCUUCCCAGUCUAUGGCACCCCAGUUCUCGGCCCCGCCUGUGCAAACCUUCGUCACGCCAGCCAUGUGGCAAGAAUCUGUAGCUAGUGUCUACGAGGGAGGUCUGAAAAGACAAUGGGACUACGACGGUGGCAACUCGAUCGCCGGCGCCAUGGCAAAACGUCGCUGA